GAGCGGACUGCGUUCUCCAGGGUGCUGCGGGGCGGGGGCGCGGUGCGCAGGCGCCGGCGGGCCGGUGUUGUUUUGUGACGGCGUCACUGGAGGCUGGAGCCGGCGGCGCCCCUCGUCCGUCCCGAGCCCCGCGGGGGGCCGCGCUGAGCUUGCUUUGAAAAUGUCUGAAAAUUCCAGUGACAGUGAUUCAUCUUGUGGCUGGACUGUCAUCAAUCAUGAGGGUUCUGAUAUAGAAACAGUGACUUCAGAAAAUGGGAGCACAAGUGGUAACCAUGAAUUUGUUUCUGAAGAAUAUGUUUCUUUGCAAGAAGAGCAACCGGUUGAUUUCAGAGCUCAGUGCAGUAAUGAUGGAGUGAUACCAGUGGUAGAAACUAGUCUCCCUGCCUUUGAGGAAACCAAGACAAUUCCUGAGGGAAAGAAAGUUCCUGAUGAGGGUUCCUGUGUUGGGACUGUUAGUGAUGAUUCCGACAUUGUUACACUUGAAACUCCAAAAGUGGAAGAAGCUCAAACUCAGGAGGAAGAUCCAGCUCAUGAUGAGGCAGCUCAAAGCUUGGAGGAUUUUAACAUGGGUUCCUCCUCUAGCAGCCAGUAUGCAUUCUCUCAACCAGAAACUGUUUUUUCAUCUCAGGCUAGCAAUGAUGAAUCAAGUAGUGAUGAAACUAGCAACCAGUCCAGUCCCACAGUACGAAGACGUCGGGCGAAGAAGAGGCUGGUCUCUAGCUCCGAGUCUGAGGGUGGGCCGUCUGCUGAGCCGGAAUCCGAACCUUCCAGAGAACAACAGCACAAGCGCCAGUUCAGUAGUGGCCUUAACAGAUGCAUCAUACUAGCUUUGGUGAUAGCAAUCAGCAUGGGCUUUGGACACUUCUAUGGUACAAUACAGAUCCAGAAACGUCAGCAGCUGGUAACAAAGACACGUGAAUUAAAAGAUAUGAAAGAUGACCUUUACCAGUGCCAACAAGAGCAAGGAGAUAAAGCACAUCAUAAAGCGGGGUCACUCAAGGGAGAUCUUGCCGUAUGUUUGACCUCUACUGAGGUGGAGAAGAAGUCUUUUGAAUCUCAGAAAAAAAGUCUUGCUGCAGAAAACCAGCACUUAAGAGAAUCUCUAGAGAAGGAAGAAAAAGCUUUGGCCUCGCUUCAGGAAGAAUUAAGGAAGCUAAGACAACAAAUUAGAAACUUAGAAGAUAAAGGUACUAGCACUGAGUCUAUUGUCAUGGAAAAUCAGAAACUAAGGGAACAUUUGGAAGAGGAAAAGCAAAAAAACUAUAACUUUCUUAGGCAAAAGGAAACACUCUUUGCAGAAGCACAGAUGUUAAGGAGAGAACUGGACAAAGAACGUCAUGUUACAGAAGCAUUAAAAAAAGAACUGGAACAGUUAAGUUCUCAUCAGACACCUGACAGUGCUAAUGAUGAUGAUACACUAAGAGAAAAUGAAGAAAUAGAAACUUUGCGAGGAAGACUAGUAGAACUAGAAAAAAAGCUAAACUUUGAGCAACAACGUUCUGACUUAUGGGAGAAGCUGUAUGUUGAAGCAAAAGACCAAACUGAAAAACAGGAAAUGAAUGAGAAAGGACAAAAGAAAGGUGCUAAAGGGCAAAGUAAGACUAAAAAGAAAUCCAAAGAAUCAUUUUUUGGUUCAGUUAAAGAAACUUUUGAUGCUAUGAAAAAUUCCACAAAAGAGUUUGUAAGACACCAUAAAGAAAAGAUUAAGCAGGCUAAAGAAGCAGUGAAAGAAAACCUGAAAAAAUUCUCUGAUUCUGUAAAAUCUACAUUCAGACACUUCAAAGAUACCACAAAAACCAUCUUUGAUGAAAAUGAGAAGAAAUCAAAUGAUAAAAGAUAUGAGGCAAACAAGAAAGCUAAAACGGUUUACCGAGAACAUAACUCUCAUGAGAAUCUGAAGCACAUGCACUACAGAGGACCCAACAUGCCAAAAGAUUUCAAAGAUGGAAGAAAACAUCAGUUUACAACAUUUGAAAAAGAUACAAAUUCACAGAAAUGUCUCAAUGACCCUGUGUGUAACAGGAAACAUCAGUUUGUCCUAAAGGGCUGCUCUGGUAUUUUUGAAUGUGCUCAUCAAGAGUUCAUUAGUCUCUUUAACAGAGUAUCAGAUCCUAUCAGGGUGGAUGAAUUUAAUCGGCUAAUGAAAAAGUAUUUGCAACAAGUUGUAGAUAACUUCCAUCACUGGAGAGAACUAGAAAAUUUCAUCAAUAAGUUUUUUCAUAAUGGGGUCUUUAUACAUGACCAGAUGCUGUUCACUGACUUUGUUAAUGAUAUCAAGGAUUACCUAGAAGAUAUGAAGGAAUAUCAAAAUAAUAAUGAAAAAGUGUUUGAAGAUUUGGACAAAUACAUCUACAGAUACUACUUUCACUAUGAUAAUUCACCCCAAUAUGGACCCAGUCGACCUAAAAGGCCUUCUUUUACACAAACUGAAAAUUCCAGACAUGAAAAACAAGCUCAGAAGUACCACCAGCGUAAUAAAAGAGAAGGUAAAUGGUAUAAACAUGGUCGCAGUAAUGGAAGAUACAUGGCAAAUCUUGAAAUAGAAUUGGGGCAAUUACCCUUUGAUCCAAAAUAUUAAGUAAUUUAUGUAUGGUAAAAAUAAGAUUAAAAUGAAUAAUUCACAUCCUCUCUGAAAACUAAUUGUGUUUCAACAAAGCAGCAAGAUGCAAGUUUUUACUCUAAAUGAUUUGACUUUUACAUUGUUGUUUGGAGGCAGAAGUCAAGCUUUCUAAUUUGCAUAUACUGUACUGUUGCUUUAACUGUUCUUUGGAAGUGAUGAUAGUUUGGGUGCCAGCAGUAUUGUUACAGAAACUAGGCAUGCAAUGACUUGUGUAUGAAAAAUAUGCUUAAUUGCAUCCCAUUAGUGUAGUGCAAGCUUGAGUCAUGCAUAAUGUACCAAUAAUUAACUCCAAUGUUUGAUAUACUAACUUCAUCUCAUCCUUCAAAAAAUAGGACAUUAUGGUAAUGUAUUUGUUAGUGUCGUGUAAUCUUACACUUGUUUCUUGUCUUUUGGGGAUUCAAGAGCCUGUUGAGUUGUGAAAAAUUUGCUGUGCUGCACUCUAAUCAGCUUGCUGAUUUAAGCACCUGAAAUGUCUUGCAUAUCUGCAUAUUGUGGAAGAAAAAUAAAGAGACAGUAUGGGUAAAAGUCUUUAUUUAUAAAACAAAUCUAGCAUAGCUAUACAGUCAUAUUAAAAAAUGGUCCAGUCUUGUCUGAUUUCUUAGUGUACAAAAAGUCAUGUGAUAGCUUUGGUCUUGACGAUGUUCUCUAGUGUUGUUUCUAGCCCCCCCAGCCCCCUCUUGCCACUGAAGCUGCCUUCAAGAAAAGGCAAAAUGCCUUUCAAAUGCCUGUUUCCAAACUGUCAAUAGCUGCCUAAUCAGACUUCCCAAUUUUACUUACCCGCUUUCAGACUCGCUACCCUCUCUUUUCUGUAGCAUAAGAUGUUUUAAGUGUAGUACAACUACGUAAAACUGCUUUCAUUAGGUCUUAAGUCUAGAAACAGAUCUUCAGGCAUGAUUCAUUUCAGCUUUUUUUCUGUAGACAUAGAUGUGGCUUCCAACUCGUCCUUGAGGUACAUGAGUGUGAAAGACAGUGGCAGAUUUCUCAUAGCCCUUUAAAGCUAGAAAUGAUGAUAUUUCCUGUAAAUGAACAUAUAUCAGUUUGCACAGUCAAAAACCGUAUUUGGAAGCAUCAAAACUAUGUUCCAAAGUCUUCUGCAAACCAUCAGUUUGACUACCACCUGGAAGUUCUGUCCUUUAUUUAGGAAAGGCUGCUGGAACAAGAGAUUCCUAUCCUGUUUGAUCCUAUCAGGGGUGGAUUCUCAUGAGACAGAGUUGAGUACAUAGACUUUGUAAAAGAAUUGAGGGGAAAGCAUACUGACUAGAGGCCUUGUUACUUUUUAUGUGUCUAUAAAGUCACUUAUUUAAAAGCAUAUAAUUAUGGGAACAGACUACACAUUUGAUUUUUAGUAUGGCUUGAGGAAAAUUCCAUAAAAAAAUACUUUAUGGUAUGUAGAAUUUGCACAGAGGGCAUACCUGAAUGCUAAGUACGUAUCACUGGAACAAUAGGUAUAUUAUAUGAUGAACUAGGGGGUUUUAUUAGUUAUGUGUUUUUAAAAAGCUAUGGACAAUAGCUUUCAAAACCUUAAUGAUAACUCUACCUUAACUUCUUUUGUAACGUGCCUUCAGGACUAGAUUCUUGCAGUUACCAUACCUGUUCUAGCACACUGAAGAAGAUCAAGUGGCUGGGUAAUAAUGUAUCAUUGUAAAACUCCUCAUUAAGCCAGGCAAGUGGGUUAGAGUAAAAUAAAUCUGCUUCAUCAAUAUAGCUCUUGUUUCCAGUUAGAUCCGGGGGACACUGAAGGAAUCUCAUUUUUAGAGGACAAUGAACAUGGCUAGGGAGAAAGAAAUAAAACAAAACUUCUGGAUAAACUGACCAAAAUCCAAGACUUGAAAUGACUCAUCACCUAAAGAUAAAGCAGGUGGAAUAAUUACUUUUUUUUCCCCUGAGCCAUAAUGUUUUCUUUCCUUCUGUAUUUUAUAUGAAAGAACAAGUACAAUGAGUACAUUCAGAUCCAAGCUCCUGUGACUAUAUUUUUAGCAGUUCACAGAAGGCAGAUUUAUCUUAACAAAAAUACCAUCUGCAUAACAUCAGUUCCUUAAAUAAAAGGUACUUCUCAACAUCAGCUUCACUUUGUAAAUCUGCCUUGAUAUCUUGUUUACUAACUUGAUGUAUUGCAGACUUCUUGGAAUAGUGACUUCAGUCAUUGUAUGUUGUAAAUACAUUUCUUUACCUUCUAGUAGCAGAAAUGAAGGCAAAAUUAAAAUAAUAUAUUUUGAUUGUAGCAAGUAGUUUUUAAUUUUGCUACAAAAGUUAUCACAAUGAAGCAAUAUGAAUUACUGUCAGAAGUCAGGACUACCUGACUAUUGCAUAGGACUAUUGCGUAUCCUUGUGCAGCAAAGCCAUCAAAUAAAUAAAUAAAUAAAUAUAAUUUAGAUGCUGAAUUUUAUUCUGUGGAGUAAGCAUUUACUCGUUUUCCCAAAUCAUUCUAUAUUAACUGUAUGGAAAAAAACCAAAACUUUUCCUGUGUUCAUUUAUUCAUCUCAAUUUAUUAAGUUUGGGGGAAAAAAACUUAAUUUCUGCUUAAGUACAUGAAUUUUAAUAUUACAUACUCUAUUAGCUAUUUUAUUACCUGUAAAAUGGAGUAGAGUGGCAUGGCAUCAUGAUGAAGACAGAAGCUUGUGACUGGUAAGAGUUAUUACACAGUUGCUGUACAUGACUCAUAACAUCAAGAGAGCCUCGCUGGUGAAUCAAGCCUGUAUACAGGGCUGGGAGCAAGUUUGAUAAAAGCAGGAAACUUGCUGCAGAUUUCUUCCAGGCUUUCAAUUGUUUCAAAGAAUAUCC